UUUACAUACACGGAGAACAUUACAUUGACAUGCACAGAGAAGUCGAUAAUCGCAUUUUCUCACUCGCUUGGUGACCUACUUUUCAUCGUUUGAUCUAUUCUUCCUCCUUCGCGUCGGUGUGUCAUGUGUGUGAUUCUCUCAGUAGAUUUAAUCUGAUCUCUCUGUCUCUGCAUUCAUCAGUAGAUUCUCGGUCUCGGUGGCGUGGCUCGCAUUGUGUUGGUUUCUUUGUUACCGGAUCGAACUAGGGUGGAUCAAGGCGAUUCGAUCGGAGAACCGUCGGAAUCUGGUCGCCUUUUGAUCGGAUUUUCGGCAGGUGUACCGGGAUAGCAAUACGGAAGGCAGAUACUUGGUUGGUAUUGAUAUCGUCAUCAAGCUGAAAGGGAUAGAUUGAAGAUCUCGAUUUCGAUUUUGGUUAUUCAUGGCGGCUCCUGGGGGACCUAGACCGAGCAAUGUCCCGGCUAAUUACAACCCUAAUUCUCUUGCUGAUGGUGUGCAAAACCUACAAAUCAGUCGUCCCACUGGACCUCCAACUUCGGCGGCCAAUUCUGGUGUCCCGAGCAGGCCUCCGCCCCCUUUUGGGCAGCAACCGCCACCUUUCUCUUCAUCAGCUCCCCAUUCAGCCCCAUUUACCGGGACCUCACCAAUGGUUCGUCCUGGCCCAAUCCCACCGGGUGUCCUUACAAGGCCUGCAGUCCCUCCCAGUACCCAUUCACAGCCUUCAUUGCCCCCAAAUUUAGCUUCAAAUAGACCUUCUGGUCCUCCUCCUGUUACUCAGCCUCCGCCACCUUUUGGAUCGAGGCCUCCACCUCCUGGAGCUUUGCCGUCUGCCAUGAGCAGUUCUGGUGGGCCUCCCAGUGCUAUCCUGCUGUCUGGCCAGGUGGCACCGCGCGGUUCUCGUCCGAGUGGUACCCCUUUUGGAUCAUCCCCUUUCAUCACAGGACCGGCUUUACCUCCUGGAAGCAUUCCCCACCCUGUUAGUAAUGGGCCUCCGGCAUUUGCACCAGGUGCAUCGCAAGGUGGACCACAUAUGCCCUUAGCUGGAAGCCUGCCACCACCACAAGGUGGGCCUGCAGCACCUGCAACAUUGUUUGCUAGGGCACCUCCCCCAGCUCCGAACAUGGGCUCUCUUCUUGGAAGUCCACCUUCGGGUGCAAUGCCACCCGGUACAAUGCAAGCACCUCCACCAUUUCCAGCAGUACCACAAGGUGUCCGCAGCUCCUCCCCCUUUGUAGCAGCACCUCAAGGUGCAUUGCCUCCGUCAGGUUCUCCUUAUGGUCCACAGGCAUGGCAAAUGCCACCUCGCCAGGUGGCUCCACCUUCAGCUGUUCCUGGUGCUGCACAACCACCUAGAAUGUUUGGAAUGCCACCUCCAAGUCAAUCUAUGGCUGCCAUGUCUCCUGCUAUGGGUCAAAUGGGAGCAUCUACGAUCGGCUCAUCAAAGAUUGAUCCGAACCAAAUCCCUCGCCCCAUAACAAGUUCCUCUGUACUUCUGCAUGAAACUCGUCAGGGCAAUCAGGCUAAUCCCCCUCCGCCUGCUACAAGCGAUUACAUUGUCAAGGACACUGGCAAUUGCAGUCCACGGUUUUUGAGGUGCACUAUCAAUCAGAUCCCAUGUACUGUUGAUCUUCUGACAACAUCUGGAAUGCAGUUGGCUCUGAUGGUUCAACCAAUGGCCCUACCUAAUCCAUCUGAAGAGCCCAUCCAGGUUGUGGAUUUCGGGGAAAGUGGUCCUGUUCGAUGUUCUCGUUGCAAAGGUUACAUAAAUCCAUUCAUGAAGUUUAUUGAUCAGGGAAGACGUUUUAUCUGUAACUUGUGUGGAUUUACAGAUGAAACUCCCCGUGACUACCACUGCAAUUUAGGACCAGAUGGAAAGCGUAGGGAUGCUGAUGAAAGGCCUGAGCUAUGUAGAGGAACAGUUGAAUUUGUUGCCACGAAGGAGUACAUGGUUCGUGACCCGAUGCCUGCUGUUUUUUUCUUCCUGAUUGAUGUGUCCAUGAAUGCCAUACAGACUGGUGCAACUGCAGCAGCUUGCAGUGCAAUCAACCAAGUUAUUGCUGAUCUUCCAGAGGGUCCCCGGACAAUGGUGGGUGUUGCUACAUUUGACUCAACAAUUCACUUCUACAAUCUAAAACGUGCACUGCAGCAGCCACUGAUGCUUAUAGUUCCUGAUGUAAAUGAUGUUUACACUCCUCUUCAAAGUGAUGUUAUUGUUCAACUUUCUGAGUGCCGUCAACAUUUAGAGCUGUUGCUAGAAAGCAUUCCAACCAUGUUUCAGAAUAAUAGAACUGCCGAUUCAGCGUUUGGUGCAGCAGUCAAGGCUGCUUUCUUGGCUAUGAAGAGUACUGGAGGGAAAGUUCUAGUAUUUCAGUCAGUCUUGCCAUCAGUUGGCACUGGAGCCCUGUCUUCCAGAGAGGCUGACGGGAGGACGAAUAUCUCUGCUGGAGAGAAGGAGGCGCAUAAGUUACUUCAACCAGCAGACAAAACUUUAAAGACGAUGGCUAUUGAGCUUGCAGAGUACCAGGUCUGUGUUGAUGUUUUUGUUACCACCCAAAGUUAUGUAGAUAUUGCUUCUAUCUCUGUUAUCCCAAGAACAACUGGUGGCCAGGUGUAUUACUAUUACCCAUUCUCUGCGCUUUCUGAUUCUGCCAAGCUUUACAAUGAUCUUCGAUGGAAUGUCACAAGACCGCAAGGUUUUGAAGCAGUCAUGCGUGUAAGAUGUAGCCAGGGUAUUCAAGUUCAAGAAUACUUUGGCAACUUCUGUAAGCGCAUUCCGACUGACGUUGACCUACCAGCAAUUGACUGUGACAAAACUAUAAUGGUAACUUUGAAACAUGAUGACAAACUCCAGGAUGGCUCAGAAUGUGCUUUUCAGUGCGCUCUUCUUUACACAACUGUGUAUGGACAAAGAAGAAUACGAGUUUCUACCUUAUCAUUGCCAUGCACAAGUCUGCUAAGUAAUCUUUUCCGCACAGCUGACUUGGACACCCAAUUCACUUGUUUCUUGAAGCAAGCGGCAAGUGAAGUUCCUUCAACUCCACUCCUGCAAGUCCGGGAGCAAGUGACAAACCUUUGCAUCAACAUCCUGCAUUCAUAUCGCAAAUUUUGUGCUACAGUAUCAUCAACUGGACAGCUUAUCCUUCCAGAGGCACUUAAACUUCUUCCUCUAUACACUCUUGCUUUGCUUAAAAGUACAGGACUACGAACUGAUGGGCGAAUAGAUGACCGGUCCUUUUGGAUCAAUUAUGUUUCUUCUCUUUCUACUCCUUUGGCAAUCCCUCUAGUGUACCCCAGGAUGAUAAGCAUUCAUGACCUUGACUUGAAGGAGACAGAAAGAACUCCUAUACCUCCUGUUAUUCCCCUUUCCAGUGAACACGUGAAUGAUGAUGGGAUUUAUCUUCUCGAAAAUGGAGAGGAUUGUUUAAUUUACAUAGGGAACUCUGUGGAUCCUGAUAUCAUUAGACAACUUUUUGGGAUUUCCCUUGUUGAUGAUAUUCCAACUCAGUUUGUACUACAACCAUAUGACAAUCCACUGUCAAAGAAGCUAAAUGAUGUUGUAAACGAGAUAAGGAGCCAAAGAUGUUCUUACCUCCGCUUAAAGCUGUGCAAGAAAGGAGAUUCAUCAGGAAUGCUGUUCUUCUCUUAUAUGGUAGAAGACAAGACUCCCUCUGGCCUCUCGUACGUCGAGUUUUUGGUACACAUCCACCGGCAGAUUCAAAGUAAAAUGACUUGAUGGCACCCAUCUCUGGUCUGAUCUACAUUUUUGGAUUGAGCCAUACACUUGGAGAUUGAGAUAAUACAGGAAAAACAAAAUGCAAUCUGGUAUUCCCCAAAGCGGCACUGUGGAUUAAAUUUUUUGGUGACCAGCAAGCUGAGAUCAAAGUUUUGAAAUAGUUUAGGAAGGUCAAUAUGGUAAUAAUACUUGAUCGAUAUGUUUUGUGUGAUUUCAUUUCGUCUUUUUCUCCCCCCUCCUUUCUGUUUCCUGCUUUCUCAUAGAACCAGGGAAAGAUGUAUAAACUGUGGGUUUAUUACAUGGUGAGUUAGUGUUCUAUUUUUCAGAUAGAAUGUAUUUGAACUCUGUGUGAUAGCCUAUUGGUUUUGUACCAUUCCUUAAUACUUUUUGUUGCUUAAUACCAAUAAAGAGUUCGUGAGGUGAGCCUAUGGAAGUGAAA